CGAGUCCAGUCGCCUCAGACCUGCGCCUUCCAAACAGCAGGACAACUUCAGCACAAACUUGUGUGGUGUAUUAAUAACGGACUCAUUCUUCUCCAGAUUCGGAUAUUGGAGUAAAGCGCCUCUGGAAGCCGGGGACAUGGAUGAUCUAGACGCAUUGCUUGCAGAUCUCGAGUCUUCCACCGCUCAUAUCUCCAAGUGCCCUGUGUUUCUGCCCGAAGAGACACCAUAUUCUUACCCCACAGGAGGGCACCUUUUUCAGGAUGACUCCCCACCUCCACCACUGCCCCCUCCACCCUCAGCUGAGGCCCUGAACGGAUCGCUCUCUCCUCGGCCCGACUCACAGCGCUCUUCGCAACAGUCUUUAGGCUCUGCCCAUAAAAGCACAUUGUCUCGGGACAGCAGUCCACCAGCCUCUCAUACUGAAGACGACCACGUUUACAGUUUUCCCAACAAACGGAAGAACUCUGACUCAUCAGCGGCAGCCAUGACAUCUGCACUGGGCAGCAACCUGUCUGAACUGGACCGCCUGCUUUUGGAACUCAAUGCCGUCCAGCAGAAUGCCCCGUCUUAUUCCAGUACAGAGGAUGCAGCACCUCCAUUGCCACCAUGCAGUGUUGCCCAUUAUAUUCAGGAGAAUGGAGCCCAUCCAGAUAUUACUCUGACCCCUGCAUCCCUGGAGAAUCCUCAGCGAAAUGGGAUGAAGGGGACAGAGGACAGCCGCCCAACUGUGGAGAGUCUUCUGAAUGAGCUGGAGACCUCAGUGCCUUGCCCAAUGCCCACUCCUUGUGCUCUGACCGGUGAUUUGACGGACGGACAAGUGGACACAACUUCUGAGCAACAGGGCAGAAUAUCAGCCACCUCAGCUACACGAGAUCUGGAUGAACUCAUGGCUUGUCUGUCUGAUUUUAAGAUUAUGGCCCAAGGGAAGACUCCACACACACAGGUCAAUAAACUGGACAACAUGCUGGGCAGUCUGCAGUCUGACCUCCACAAGCUGGGUGUGCAGACGGUUGCCAAGGGAGUGUGUGGCGCCUGCUGCAAACCCAUUGUUGGCCAGGUGGUAACAGCCAUGGGACGUACCUGGCACCCAGAGCAUUUUGUGUGCACACAUUGUCAGGAGGAGAUCGGUUCGAGAAACUUCUUUGAGCGGGAAGGGCAGCCAUACUGCGAGAGAGAUUACCACCAUUUAUUCUCUCCGCGCUGCUACUACUGUAACGGACCCAUACUGGAUAAAGUUGUAACAGCACUAGAUCGGACAUGGCACCCCGAACACUUUUUCUGUGCCCAGUGUGGGGCGUUUUUUGGUCCUGAAGGGUUCCAUGAGAAAGACGGGAAGGCGUACUGUCGUAAAGACUACUUUGAUCUCUUCGCUCCUAAAUGUGGUGGCUGUGCUCGUGCUAUCCUGGAGAACUACAUCUCUGCCCUGAGCUGUCUCUGGCAUCCAGAGUGUUUUGUGUGCAGGGAGUGUUUCACACCCUUCAUCAAUGGCAGUUUCUUCGAACAUGAUGGUCAGCCGUACUGUGAGGUUCAUUAUCACUCUCGCCGUGGCUCGCUGUGUUCCGGCUGUCAGAAGCCAAUCACCGGCCGUUGCAUCACAGCGAUGGGCAAGAAGUUCCACCCUGAGCAUUUCGUCUGUGCCUUCUGCCUGAAACAACUCAACAAGGGCACCUUCAAAGAGCAAAACGACAAACCCUACUGCCAGGGCUGCUUCAUCAAGCUCUUCAGCUAGAUUGAUGACUGACUGACUGAUGUGUGUGUGUGCGAAGUAGUGCUUUAGGAAGCACCGAGUAUGAUGUGUGUAUGUCAAAUUGUUUUCAAAAUGUGUGUGUGUUAGGCCUGUUUCACACAUCCUGUAUUCAUUUCGCCUCCAGUAUUAACAGGUUAUAGCAACUCAAAGUAGAGUUUUGGCGCUGAGGCUAAUAUUGCAGUGUGUCACACUCUGAAAAUGGAUUGUAAAUCUAUUUAUCAACUUUAUAUUUUGCAUUAUAGGUUUUUAUGAAAUUACAUUAAGUAUUUGAGUGAUAUACUCACCCAUUGAUUGGAAAAAAAAAGAUGAUUGUUGGGGUUCAUUCAAGUUAUUCACUGUGACAUGUGAAAGAAAAAACACUCACUCAGUAAGUUUGACUGAAUUUUGAAGUAUUAUUUCUGUAUAAAUCCAGAGCUCUGUUACGUCAUUGUGAAAGCUUCAACUGCUGUUGGAGUUAACACGCUGCAGACGCAGGAUGUGUGAAACAGGCCUUAUUCAGGUUCAGCAUUAUUUUUGACAUGUGUCUGACUCUUGAGAUCCCGAAAUGACGUUGCUUGUCAGGUUAAUGGAUUGAUGAUAGAUGCUCUUGAAUGCCAGGAUGUUUGUAGAUGGUAUCAGAGGAACGUUUAGUGUUUAUUUGGAGAAAGUGUCUGAAAAAUGUAUUGUGCUCACUGGCUGAGCUGGAAAGAAACUGUUGGAUGAAAUAGAAGGUUCAUGAAUAUGAGAAAAAAAAGGAGGAUUUUUCACUUAGGAGGAUGCAGAUGUACGGGAUACACAAUCAACAAGAAAAAACACAAUAACUGUGAAAUCAACAACUGGAAAACAGUAAUAUCUGGGUGAAUUUCAAGAAAUGUCCAGGUCAUAUUUCACUUCAAAAUUAUUAUAAGAAAUGAAAUAAACAUUAUAUUUUGCAUAAAGAAAAUGGAGCUUGUUUUUAGACCCCCCCACACCCUAUUAUAAUAAUCAAAAUCACCCUGUCCAGACACAAUGAUUAAUUUUUUAUGUAAAUCCAAUAUAAAUUAAAUUCAGUACAACAAUGAUGUAUAAAUACUACAGAAAGAUAAAUAGGCAAGGGGAUGCUUUCUAAAUAAUUCCAAUUAUGGAACCGUAAUGUCACAAUGCAAAUAAUUCAUCAAACAAUGCAUUUUCUUAAGCAAUAUAUUAUUUUGUAUAAUUAUUAUUAAUUUAUAUAUAUAUAUAUAUAUAUAUUAUAUAAAAUUUCUCCUUUUAUUUUGGGGUGCAAUAUGACCCAGACAUGUUCUUGACAGCUUCCGUAAGAUUCAUACUACUAUGUAUUUUUUCAACAUUGAAUUUCGCCUCUUUUAGUGCCUUGUUUUGUAUAACAAAUUAUUUUAAAAGACACUAAAUAUACCAAAAGUUGUAACAUUUCUCAUGAAUGUUAAAGUUUGAAAGAUUGAAGUUCUGAUUAUUCAUUAUGAAGCCCGUGUGGACCUUUGGGCACUGCAAAAAAUAUAUAUCUAAAGUAACUUCUAAUAACAAGUUUGGUUAUAAUUGACAUCUGGAACCCCGUAGCUGUGAUUGUAUCCUACUGAUAUUCAGACAGGCGACUUGUGAGGUCUACUUUUAGUUCAGGGGAGUUUAUGAAUCCUAAUAAGAUCUGAUUUCGAAGUAGUAUUUUAUUAAAGGAAUAUUCCAAGUUAAAUACAACUUUUGCUAGAAUGCAAAAUGAUGUUGAUUUCCACAGUCAUUUUGACCCGUUUAUUAAAAACAAAGGAAAAAUGCAUGUGAAGUCAUGCACUUACAAUGGAAGUCUAUGGGGCAAUUGUACAGCAGGGGCGGCGUUUGCGUAUGCAGACUAUGGCAGUUGCCAUACACUAGCAUGCAGAUAAAACCAGGAAAAAAUACGCCUCAUUAAGAUGCAGUUUGCUCAUCGCUUCAAUCUGUGUCAGCCUCGUUUCCCCAGAGCAUUAUAAGCCUAAUUGUAUGAAUCAUCUUACAAUUAUGGGCUGUUUCCCAAAGGUAUUGUAAUUUAAAUACUUGAAAAUGGUCAUAAAUCUAGUGCUCUGGUGUAGGCACAUAUCUGACUUUUGCAGACACCUACAGGACAAUCACAAAAUUACACCUCAUACAAUUUAAUACAGUUAAUGUCUUACACUUUAUGAACUUUAUGCAGACGAAUGCAAUGUGACCAUCAUAAUUUAAUUUUUUAUUUGAUUUACCUUUCAAUAGAGUAUAGCCUAAUUAUAAAGGUCUACUUAUAUCAAUUAACCUACACAGGCCUGUUUUUCUCAAUCUAAUGUGUAAUGAUAUAUAGUAUAGUUUAAAAUGAAGGCAUAAAAUAGAUCAAUGAAAGAAAAAAAGAGUGUUUGAUAACAUAAUUCAAUUGCAUAAAUCAAUUAAUUACUGACACAUAUUUGUGUGCAUGACCAAUGAUUGAAUUACAAAUUAAAUCGGGAAUUGAGAUGUUUUAUAUUGCGCAUUAUAUUGCAAUAGGCCCACUGAUAACACGGUAAACAUAUUUGUGUAAAUGAAACACUAAAAACGUACUUAUGAUGAACAAAGCAUUGAUUGUGUAAAAAUAAUAGAUCUUACUGUUCUGAUCGGACAGUAAUAAUAACAAAAAUGUGUGUAGUCAAUUAGUUUGUUGAAGAGAAUUACUUUAAACCUUUCCCAGCUUGGUAAAUUACAUGUAGUUAUGCGGCAAGCUUUAAAAAUAAUUAAAAUGACGAGAGACACUACACGGUCACAUUUCAGCAUUCAAACAGGGACUUGCGAAGUGCUAUUUUGGGUGGGUGGUUGGUUAUCCAAGGAGUUUUUUUGCCAUACCCUAGGUUUUUAUUAAACGCCGCCGCUGGUGUACAGCAUGAAUAAACAUUGAACAUAUAAAACUGUCACACUGUUUUGAAAGUAUAACCAUAACGCUUAAACAAUACAGGUGUUAACAUGAGACUGGUGUGAUAGACUCACUUGUGCAAAGUUAUAUCCAGUCUUUCAACUCAUGUCAUGACCAUGUAAAGUCAUGCAAGGGUAACAGAAAGGGAAGACAUAAUUGUCUGUAAAACACUUUUUGAUAGUUUAUUUUUAUUAGUUAUAGUUAUUGAUUAAUUCAUGUUAAUGCUUUAACAAAAAUACAAGUUUAAAGUUUCUGCUUUUAAACUCUUAAACGCAUGCCCCAUAGACUUCCAUUAUAAGUGCAUUACUGAAAAUGCAUUUUCUUUCGAUUUUGCAAACUGAGAGACAAGUCAACAUUAUUAUACAUUAUUUGUGUGUGUGUGUGUGUGUGUGUGUGUGUGUCACUCAAUUAAAUUUUGCCUCAAAUAAGUUACUUUUUAAUCACUGAAUAUUGUAAUUAUCCACUUAAUGAAAAUCAGAUGUGAAAUUGUUCAUCUAAAUAGCUGUGACAAUACUGUGCAAUUUUCAACCCUUGAAUACAGAAUAUGAUUGGUUUUGAAAUGAGUAUCUGAUACUUUCUCACUCUCAAGAGACAAUUCUAGACGAGAUGAAAACUGCUGUAUUAUUAUAUUCUACUAAUUUCUCUUUUAGUGUUGUCUGUUUUGCAUGGAAGUCUUAAGUGUCUUUCAGAAAUUGUAAAGGGCGAGUUUUGAAAACUUGCCGUGAUGUUGCAAAAGGGUGAAUUGGUGAGUUUCUUUCAUUUUUAGAAACAUGUAACUGGAAUAGAUGUAUUUUCAGAUUGAGAGUAUUAAAGAUCCCAAAUAUCUGUUGGAAUGGCAUAGCUUUCUGGAUGCCUGUCAACAAAGAUUACAAGUAAGAUUUUGUUGGAUCUGAUGUUAUGCACCAGCAAGUGUUUAUUAUAUGAAAGCUUUUAUAUGACCUAAUGUGCCAGAUAUCUGUAAGUGUAAUUCUUUCUCAACCGCUGUUGUGCGAAUGUUACUUUGAAAGUAGACAAUAAUUGUUUUUGAUUUAAUUCGCUUUUAAAAUGCUUUAUUUGAUUACUCAAUUGUAAUGAUUGGUCUUGUUUUUCACGGUUUGUCUCACCCCUAAUCGCUGAGAUGAGGAUGUCUGUAUCUGUUUUAAUCACAUUUACACUGGUUAAAUGUUUUGAUCUUGUUUAUCUUGAGAUAUGUUUAUUAUCUUAAAAAUGUAUCUGAAGCCUUUUUUCCUCUUUUGAAUAAACAUUUGAUUUCCCGUUAUAUAUUAUAUUAUUUACCCAAUGUGAACACGGCUAUGCAUAUUAUAAUAAUUUUUCUCCUGUAACACUGUCACAUUUUAUUCUGAGUAUUUGUUACCAUUUCAGUUCAUGAUAUAUACAAAUAAAUGUGGUGUUUUAAUGCACUGAA